CUCGAGUCUGUCACUCCCCAUCUGGUUGUACCCAAAUUCCACCAUGGCCAUGAAACAAUUCAACCUCGACAUCAUCGGCCAGCCACCCCACCUGCACAUUUACACACAGCUCUGCCUCUGCUAUUCCCUCGCCGACAACUCAAACGCAAAUGCAACCCGCCAAUCAGCUGUCGACACCCUCGCUCAAGGCCUGAAAACCCUAGCACGGCGCAUCCCGUGGCUCGCAGGACAAAUCAUCCACGAGUCGUCAACCGAGCCGGGAAACUCUGGAGUUUACAAGCUCGCUUCCUGGCGCGAUGCUCCGCCCCUGCUCAUCCGUGAUCUUCGUGGGAACCCAUCCGCGCCAACGAUGCAGAAGCUGCGGAAACGGAAUUUCCCCAUGGAACUACUCGACGAGAGAAUCAUAGCGCCCUAUAUGACCAUUCCCGGUGGGAUGGCGGGGGCGAAUCUGGAUGAGCCAACGGCCGUGUUUGCAGUGCAGUUGAAUCAUGUUGAGGGAGGGAUAUUGGUCACGUUUGUAGGACAACAUCAAGUUAUGGAUUUGGUGGGGCAGGUGCAGGUUAUGAAGAUGCUGGAUAGGGUGUGUCGAGGGGAGGAGAUACCGGAGGCGGAGGUGGAGGUUGCGAACAGGGAGCGGGAUGGGGUUAUUCCCGAUUUAAGGGACGACGAGGAGGGGCCGAGGGAGCAGCUCGGGAGGCAGACGGUGAAGAUGCCACCUGCGGCCGACAUGGAUGCGACUCGGCAUGAUGAAGAGGUGGAACAAGUGGUAUCGCCAGCGGUUUGGGCGAGUUUUUCGUUUUCGGGGCAAUCUCUUGCUGCGCUCAAGGCAGCGGCUCUGGAAACGGCCACCAGCAAGAAAAUCUCCACCGACGACACGCUCACCGCGUUCAUCUUCCAGUCUAUCACCCGCGCUCGAUACUACCGCCUUCGAAAUGACUCAAGCGCCACGUGCACGCUGGGCCGCGCUGUCGACGCCCGCCGGUACCUCAAAAUCCCUGCGACCUAUCCCGGCCUCCUGAACAACAUGGUCUACCACUCUCACUCCAUCCAAGAAAUCAUCUCAAUACCCCUGGGCGUACUCGCGUCGGAGCUUCGGCACGAGGUGGACCCCGCCACAUCUCGGAUCGGACUGUACACGCGCACACUAGCCGCACUUCUCCAUCGAACCCCCGGCAAGGGGAGCAUCUCUAUGGGAGCGAACAUCAAUCCCUCCCGUGACAUCAUGAUUAGUUCAUGGGCUGGUGCCGGUGUAGAUUGCUAUGAGAUGGAUUUCGGGAUGGAGUUGGGGGUUCCUGCUGCGGUGAGGAGGCCAGUGUUCGUUGCCGUCGAGGGACUGGGGUAUUUAUUGCCGAAGCAUCCGAGCGGGGAGAUUCUGUUGGUGAUUUGUUUAAAGGAGGAGGAUAUGGAGCUUUUGAAGGGGGAUGAAGAGUGGAGGAGGUGGACGGGUUAAGUUGGGUGAUAGCCAAAACGAUCAAUGCGUGACGCUCCAACAAAUCCGUUGUCAUGAAGUUGGGAGGACCGGGGAUCUCGUACGCAGCGUGCCGCCUGUCGUUGUUAUCGCCGUUGCAGUUCUUCCAGUUCAUUGGCUGCUCAGAGCGUCUUUGCUACAAAGGGUGGCGGCUAUGUGAUAUAUCAUGUAACACCCAUUAUCAUCACCCAGAUAGUUUCAGCGUGGCUCGCCGGCUACAGUGAGAGUUAGUUACUACUUUCCUACUACCGUUUAUCGAUUAAUAUAGUUUUAGGGUUAAGCGGCCUAUAAAGGCCCCACUUAUGGGAAAACACAAUCACCAUUCUUCAAGUAGG